CGGCCGGUGCUCGCUCGCCCAAACUCUCCGUCAGACGCGAAGCGAAUGUUUCACAGUGACGACGUCGAUGUGUCAAGUUUAUUCGUAAAUACGCGAUACUAUAUUUAAUUACAUUCACAUAAGAAUGAAUCACGGUGACUUAAAAUUGUGUUAAUUGUGCCAAAGGAUGAAAAUGUGACAGUGUUACGUGUUUGUGGUGAUAUUGUGAUUCCUUGUUAUAAUUGUGAGAUAAUUUUGAAUAUGGAAACUCGUCAUUAUUGGGAGGAAAACGGACAUGUCAAGUAUGACAAUUACAACUCUAACGAUGGCUUCGGGCGCGUGGGCGCCAGCGGGGGUGGCAACGCGGGGGCGGGGGAGCAGCUCGCGUUCGCAGCGCCCUCCGAGGACGAGGCAGAUUUCGCCAAUUACAAGAAGGGGAAGGUGUUGAGGCAAGAUCCGAUGUCGCACCGCAUCAUAGAGAAGCGCCGGCGAGACCGCAUGAAUAACUGCCUCGCGGAUCUGUCGCGACUCAUCCCACCCGAGUACCUUAAGAAGGGCAGAGGGAGAGUGGAGAAGACAGAGAUCAUAGAGAUGGCUAUACGACAUCUCAAGUUCUUGCAGGAUCGCGUCAAUGCUAGCGAGGUGCAGGCGAGCGCGGGGGAGGGUCACUACCGCGCGGGGUACCAGGAGGCGGUAGGCGAGGCGCUGCGCUACCUGUCCGAGGCGCACGGCUACCCCGCGGACGGUCUGUGCGCGCAGCUCGCUACCCACCUGCAGCGACACUGCGAUCACAUCACCAAAGAGUCCAGCUUUGAACCGUUAGCGCUCAGUCGCGUUGCACUUAGCGGCGGCAUAACAAUGAGGGAUGGCAGUCGGGAUAAAGGUCGGUCGCUUGGCUCGUCCUCGGAGACGGCGAGCUCGUCCAGCAGCUCGCUGGGCUACGGCAAGGCGCAGCCCCCGCCGCGUCCGCAGCCCUACGCGCCUGAUGUCUAUGAUACCACUACGGACGGACCAUACAGCAUGGACUGCGAUACAGUGGUGGGUGCGGUGGAGAACGGUGGCGCGGCGUCUCCUGCGUGCGGGGAGGCGCGGGCUGGAGGUGCGGGGAGUGCGGGGGGCAAGCGCGAGGCGCUGCGCAAACUGCGCAAACCGGAACACGACGAUUUAAUACACUCCUACAAGUUCAAGAACUCCAUUGAAAGGCGCUUCUCAAGAUCGCAGGACUCCGAGGCAGCAGAGAGUCAGACGCGCGCGGUGAACGGCAAGCCGUACUCGCACAAGCGGAGGCGCGCAGUGCGGCCCGCGCCCGCCGCCUCCACCUCCGCCUCCGCAUCCACUGAGGAGGCGCGCGACACCUCCCCGCAGGACACGAGCAGCGAGUCCCCGCACCGGCAUCAGUACGAGCAGUUCGAGCAGUACGAGAAGCCGGCGCCCGCGCAGUACGUGCCGGUCUUCGCGCUCAACUCCCUCGGCAAGUACUACGUGCCGCUGUCGGUGGAGUACGCGUGUGUGUCGCGGCAGCUGCGCGCGUGCGACGUGCUGGACGCGCGCGCUCCGCUCGCCGCGCUGCAUCCCGUCACUAUACACGUCAACUUCACGCCCUGUCUCAACUACCACGUCAAACGUGACCCCGACCCUGACUGGAGACCUGUCUAGACCUCACGUCCUUGUCUCACCUGCCUGCCCGCUAAACUCAAAGUUGCUCAGACCUUGCGGAGAUUACCCGAAAAAAACGCGCCCUUACGAACCCUUAAUUUUAAAUAUCAGUUUUUCGUUUUCUACAUUACAUAUACGGAGUAUAAUUUUUUCUCAAUAUUACAUACAGACACACCAAUUUUAUUAAUAUGUAUAUAGAUGACAUGAAAAACAUGUUUAAAUACAUGUGUGGGAUGGUAUGGAGGUACGCGGAACAUGGUUUGCUUCAAGCUGUACCAUUCCCCCAUAGAUGUUCUCAAGUCGAUUGUCUCGCCUUGUGUCGAACUGCUGCCCAACAAGCAAACACAUCUUUAUUUUAAUUUAUACUGUUUAUGUUGUCUAGAAAUAUAUUUCAUACAUGUUAUUGAGUUUGUUUUAUAGCAUUCAAAUAAUAUUUAAACGUGUCUGAUCUUAAAUUCUCUAAUAUACAUUAAACGUAAAAAGCUGACAUUUAUAAAAAAUACUUUAACUACUAAAUUUACUUUUAAUUUCAUUAUUUUUAUUUUUUUAAGCAACGGAUACGGAGCUUAUAAAAUAGUCAUUUUAGACGGCAGCAUAUUUUUAUUUAAUUUCAAGAUAUAUUAAUAUGAAUAAUGAAGUUACACAUUUAACACUUUAAUUUUUCGUUUUUUUAAUUUUAUAUGAUAAGAAGUUAUGAGUAUCAUUUUUGUUCACAUUGGAUUUGGCACGUGGGGAACAAGAGUAGUCUUGUAGCCGACGUGCCAACUCAAGUCUGAUAUAAGUGAUGUUUCGCAGUGAACUGCAAAAGACUGGUUAAAACGCAGAUGUACGAUGUUCUUAGUUACGGCUGUGAUAUAAAAUUCUGCCUAGUCAAGUUGAUUACAUGAUGCUUGACGAUUUAAGAAGAUUUUUUAAACAUUUUUUUUAUUAACCGUGGGUUUGUGAAACCAAAACCUUGUUUAAAACAUAUUGGUUUAUCGAAGAUAAUGCUUUCAUUUCAUGACGAUAUGUUUUAUACAGUGAUUUCAGAAACCAACGGUAAGACUCGUUUGUUAUUUAAGUACCACGUAUAGGUAUAGGGUAGUUAUUAGUCAUUUUCCCGCCACGCCGGUGAUGGCGACUUAGUGAAAAAAAAUAUUUUGUUUUAAGCUGUAAGGACUUUAUCGUCGGUUCUCUCGUUGUGCCAAACAACGUAUUUGCAUUUAAGAAAGUUAUAAAUAAUCUAAGGCAGCCAUUUAAAUUAUUUCCAUAUCUACGAUGAGAUAUUAAAGUUUAGUUUGAAAAUCAUAUUUUACUCUUAAAUAUUUUCGUAUACGUAUAAUUUUGUAUAUAUUUAUGUCCUCUUUUGUAAUGAAGAUGUUUUGGGAGUUUAUUUUAUAGGCUUAAGUCUGUACUUACCUCAAAGCUGUAAUGUUUCAGUAUGUAAUUAUUUGCAAUACAAAUAAACAUUUUGGCACUGGUUCGUAUUUGAAUAUGACUGAAGAAAUAAUAUCAUCAUAUAUGUAUUAUACUAACCGUGGGUUUCCGAGACCAAAAUCUAUAUAAAACCUAUCGUCAUCCCGAUCUUUUACAAAACAGAUGUUUUAAAUUGUGAUUUUCUUCUCAGAAACCCGCGAUAAUUUUGAGUUUUAUUUGUAGCUAAAUUCAACAUACUGUAAGUUUGUUAAAACAAGAGGUGUGGUUGGGAAUCAUGAUUAUAUUUGUAAGUGAUUAAUUUUAAUGAGAAAUCAAAAUUGUUUUGGCAAUCUACGAAAAAUAUUUUUUCUUUAAUAAUUUUAAGUUAAUGUAGUUUUUUUUUAAAUAUGACAGGGUCACCUACAGUAUAAUUUUGUUGUAAUCCAUAAUUCGGUCAUAUAAAUGUAAUCCUGCUGAUAAUUACAAUGUAUAUAGUUUGAUGUAAAAGCUAUUUGAGUAAAUAAGUCUGUUAUAUAAAAUGUAAAUAGAAAUGUUAAGAAUAU